GGCGGAGUCCAUGAUGUUUGAAAGCCGAUGUUGACAUUUGAAAUCACCAAAACAAACACGCCCCUAACAGAAAUUGGUCCUACCUCUGGUUUGAUAGCGCCGCCCUACACAUACGCUACAUACGCAGUCCAUGCUACGAUAAUGGCGGAACAUGCUGAGGCAGCUGGCCGAGGGUAUAUGUUGAAUUCAAUCAUGAGUAAUACUAUGGAAAUACGGGUCAAAUGUCGUUUUGUAGUACUGUGUGAGUGUGUGUUGUACCGUGAAAGGUUUAGCUUGGUUUCACGCGGAAGACGACGUUCGACACCAAGAACCAGAGGCAGAGGGAGAGGUCGAGGCAGAGGUCGUAACGCUGCGGAUAAACACCUGAGAACGGAUGACUUGGAGCGUGUGCACUUGUUGCAGGCUCAAAGACUUACAAUAACGCAAGAAAAAAUUAAUGGUUUGGACCUUGAGCAAAGUCGGCAGCUUCUGCAGCGUUGCGUGACAAGAGACCCAAGCAUGAUUUUUGACAUUCUGUGGUCAUCAGCCGAAGACCCUGCUGCUGCACCCCACCCUACUCUAGGCCAACCAUCCUGGUGUGUAUGCCAGAGAUGCAGGGAGAUGGCAAAUGAUAUUGAGAGGAAGUGCUGUGGCCAACUACCCGAGUUCUGCAUUUCAAUGUUGCCACACAUGGAACUCUACAUUUUGGAAGAAGGUGUCCUUAGACUGGCUAGGAGGAUCUGGAACGACAUUAGGGCAGUGCAGGAUCUUCCAGACCUUGGGGAAAACCACCGGCAGUUCCGCCAUGCAGCCUACAGACAAUUUGUCGUGUGGCAGUAUGGUGCACUUGGACAUGGAAACCGAGUUGUAAUACCAAGCUGCUGUGUGUGGAAGAUCCGUGACCGCUUCCCAGAUCCUCAGGGACAAUACACAGGCUAUAUUCCAACAAGGGUGUAGAUAAACAUUAUCAUUUACAUAUCCCUUCAACAUCACUGAACUUUUGCUAAAAUUGUAAAAAUGUUCAUAGAGUUUUUAUAUUAGUAAAAUUGUAAAUGUUCUUAAGAAUGUCUAUAGCAUAAAAAUGGUUAAAAUGUUCCUAGGACUAUUUAUAGAAGUAAAAUGGUUAAAAUGUUCCUAAGAGUAUUUAUAGAAGUAAAAUAUGUAAACAUGGGCCUGUUUGUGUUAUCUAUUGACAAGUAAAUAUGUAAAAUAA